UUCACAUCUCUAUCACAGAAAUAUUAAAUACAAAAUUAAAUGCCAAUAAUUAAAAGCCGAAACUAAGUUCCCAAACGGCGAAUAUUAAGAAACACCCGGGACGAUAUGGAGUCGGAUACCCUGGACAAGGAGAGUGCGGCGGCGGCUUUGAAAAAGCUAACCCAAAGUGAAAGUCCCGAGAGUUCGAUGACACCGGCGGUGGACGAGAAGGCGGAGGAGGAGGAGGAGGAGGAGGAGGAAGAAGAGGCGCCGCCAACAAAGAGACAAAAGACUGUGGAGGAAAAAGAGAGUGCUGAGGGGGAUGACAGCGAGGAGAGCGAAGAUUUGGAUGAUGAGGAGAUUCCCCAACUGAUACCCCACCGGGGAAUGCCCUUAGGCUCGGUGCAGAGCACCCCAAGUAGUCCAAGGAAAUUCCAACGCAUUCCCGUCUUCAUUGUUGACUAUCACAACGAUGUCCUGGAGUUUAUCUACCGCUGCCUGGGCACGCGACAUCUUCCUUUAGAGAAUAAUAUUCUGGUGCACUUUGAUUCGCAUCCGGAUUUGGUUAUCCCUCGUCAUAUAGCCGCCAGUGCGGCUUUUGACAAGGACACAAUGCUCAAUGAACUGAGCAUUGAGAAUUGGAUUAUGCCCACUCUGUAUGCAGGUCACUUUAAUCGCAUCGUUUGGCUUAAGAACUCCUGGUGCCAACAGCUGCCCACUGGCCGGCAUCAGUUCAAAGUGGGUCACAAGGAGGAUCGCAUUGGCGUCGAUUGUCCUUUGGAUUACUUUAUAGCCGAUGGCAACUAUUGCACCACCGAUGAUCUCCAGGAAGCCAAAAGUGUGGAGCUACAAGUACACGAUGCCGACAACGAGAAUCUCGAUCCUAAGGAAUUCUUAGCUUUAGAAGAUGCCCCAGGAUUUGUGCUCGAUAUAGACUUGGACUUCUUUAGCACUUCCAAUCCGUUUUUGGAAAUCUACAAAGAUGCCGAUUGCUACAAUCAGCUGAAGGAAAUCUUUCAUUUCGAAAGCGUGGAGAAGAUCAAAAGUUCAGGCACCGCCACUAUAGCAGAUUACAUGGCCACCGCAGACCGCAGGCAGACCCAGUUGGAUGCCUUGAAGCAAAUCUUCUGGCAUUUGGAGGAGGAACGUACAUUUGAGGGUCUGGAAAAGCCCGAUGAGAAGGUCAUAACUCCGGAGAUAUAUGCCAAGAUUGUUAGCCUUGCCGAGCAGCUGCAGGAAAAGUAUCCCGAUGAUGAGAUUGACUGGCAUUUGAUCUUCGAUUCGGGUAGCACCACCGACAAUAACGGUUUACCGCAUCACAUUAGCACCGCUGAGGAACUUGAAUCGUAUUUUGGUAAUUUCAAGAAAUUUAUUGAACGUCUGCCAGUGCCACCGGUGGCCAUAACAAUGGCCCAUUCGGCCCAAGAUGAUUAUUGUCCACAGGAUCAGGUGGCGUUUAUAGAGGAGCGCGUUUUACGGUUGCUUAAAGAGGUUUUUGGGGAGAAACUUCAUGAUAAAGCUAUAUUACAUUAUAUGGACGAUCCCUGGGACGUGAUGAAGCUAUAAGCAAACUAAAUAAUAUCUUAAAAGGGCUACGGGGGGUGGCUUUUACCACACGUUUUGGAUUGGUAAUCAAAUUUUAAAGAGUCCAUUUGUGGGUUAAAGUGGUCCCCCGAGAAGCCCGCUGUAGUGAUUCUAAAAAAACGAAAACUCAAAGAUGAAACAAUCCAAUUAUUCGAUUAUAAAUAAUAUUUUUUACUUUUAAAUAUGCAUACGCAACGUAUUUAUUAAAGACAUACGAAAAGA